AUGGCGGCUCCCAGAUCGCGGAUACUGGAUUUGCUAAAGGUCCAAUGUCGCAUCUUCUCUCACACAUUCAACCCUGAGGGUCUCCGACUAGGGAAUAAGAUCCUACGCCAACGACUACGCGGAGCUGCCCUUGCCUCAUAUUACCCCAGAAAGACCGUAUCAUUCCGGGAUCUGCAAGACGCCUAUCGGCCCAUGGGCCUGGAGACUUAUGAUCCAGAGAGAUUAUACCAUGAAGAAAUGAAUCAGAUACGGAAAUUGCGUGGAAAGGGAGCACCAAAGAAGAAACGCACAGCCGCAGAGUCCAAAUCCGCAAAGAAGAAGAGAUAA